AUGGGGCAUGGAGCAGUCCCGAGGGCGUUCCGCGGGUGUUCAGGUUGCACCCUCGGCGGGGCGAGGGAGCUGAGGAUACUCACCGAGUACUACAGCCGCCUCCACACAGGUCACUUCUUCUUCCGUCAGUAUGGAGUAUUUGUCUUAGUGUAAUGUGCAUAUAUUUCAAGGUGAUGAACAUGUUCCCUCAGGUAUCAGCGACAGACAAAGUGGAGCAGUAUAGAGUAGUCUUUACCAUGACCUUUUACUGUGCGAUGGUUUGAUAACUAUGUUGUGCUCAGUAAACGCAUGCAGUAUGCCACCCUGUCCACAAGGGGGAGAUGGAGACUACUUUCUCAAUCAGUCCCAUGAUAGUAGCUAUAGAAGGAAAUGGGAGCAGUCUCAUGAUUAGUACCAGGGAACUCUGUGUGAAUAAAUAACGUCUGCAGGGCUUAUGUGGAUUGGACUUGUUUAGAACUGGAAUGUCUUGGAGGUGUAGCGUGUGGUGUGUGGGUGUACGUGUGUACUUGGUUAGGUUGGUGUGUAGCGUGUGGUGUAGUGUGGUGUAGUGGUGUGCGUGUGGUGUAGAGUGUGGGUGUUUUAGCGUGUGUGUAGCGGUGGAUGUAGCGUGUGGUGUAGCGUGUGGUGUAGCGUGUGGUGUAGCGUGUGGUGUAGCGUGUGGUGUAGCGUGGUGUGGUAGCGUGUGGUGUAGCGUGUGAUGUAGCGUGUGGUGUAGCGUGUGGUGUAGGUGUGGUGUAGCGUGUGUGUAGCGUGUGUGUAGGGUGUGGUGUAGCGUGUGGUGUAGCGUGUGGUGUAGCGUGUGAUGUAGCGUGGGUUGUGAGCGUGGGGUGGUGUGUAGCGUGUGGUGGUAGCGUGGUGAUGUAGGCGUGUGGUGUGGAGAGGCGUGUGGUGUGUUAGCGUGUGGGUGUAGCGUGUGUGUGCGUGGUGGUGUAGCGUUGUAGUGUGUUAGCGUGUGGUGUGAUGUAGCGUGUGGUGUAGCGUGUGUGUGAUGUAGCAUGUGGUGUAGCGUGUGGUGUGAUGUAGCGUGUGGUGUGUGUAGCAUGUGGUGUAGCGUGUGGUGUGAUGUAGCGUGUGUGUGGAUGUAGCAUGUGGUGGUGUAGCGUGUUGUAUGUAGCGUGUGGGGGUGUGAUGUAGGUGUGGUGUGUGUAGGUGUAGCGUGUGGUUGUGAUGUAGCGGUGUGGUUGGUGUACUGUGUAGCGUGUGGUGUAGUGUGGUGUAGCUGUGGUGGUAGCGUGGUUAUGUAGCGUGUGUGGUGUAGGUGUGAUGACGUGGUGGGGUGGGUAGCUGUGUGUGUGUAGCGUGUGGUGUGAUGUAGCGUGUGAUGUAGCGUGUGGUGUGAUGUAGCGUGUGUGGUGUAAGCGGUGUGAGUGUGGGUGUAGUGUGUGAUGUAGCGUGUGGUGGGUAGCGUUGGGUGAGCGUGUGGUGUGAUGUAGCGUGUGAUUUGUAGCGUGUGGUGUGCGUGAUGGGUAGCGUGUGGGGAUGUAGCGUGUGGUUGUAGCGUGUGGUGGUGUGAGUGUAGCGUGUGGUGUGCGUGGUAGAGCGGUGUGUGUUGGUGUGUGGGUUGUAGAGCGUGUGGUGUGUAGAGCGUGUGGUUUGGUGUAGCGUGUGGGUGGUGUGGGUGUGAGAGCGGGUGGGUGUGUGUGUGAGAGCGUGUGGUGUAGCGUGUGGUGAUGUGCGUGUGAUGUAGCGUGUGGUGUAGGGUGUGUAUGUAGCGUGUGGUGUGAUGUAGCGUGUGGGUUGUGUGUGAUGUAGCGUGUGUGUAGGUUGGUAGCGUGUGUGUGGUGGUGUGUGUGUAGGUGGGUGGUUGUAGCGACGUGUGGGUGUGGUGUGAGUAGCGUGUGGUGUGAUGUAGCGUGUGGUGUAGCGUGUGGUGUGGUGUAGCGUGUGGUUGUAGCGUGUGGUGUGAUGUAGCGUGUGGUGUAGCGUGUAGUGUAGCGUGUGGUGUGAUGUACGUGUGGUUGGUGUGUGUAGGUGUGUGGUGUGGUUGUGUGUAGCGUGUGGUGUAGCGUGGUGGUGUGAUGUAGCGUGUGGUGUAGCGUGGUAUGGAAUGUGUUAACUAAUCUUGGCACCCAGAACCAAAUGUUGCGUGUUAAAGUUUGUCACAAGACUUUGUUUACUGGCCACAGCAUGAGAGAACAACUAUCACACUAUCAUUAUGCAUGAUGAAUCUAGUCCAUUAGAGCAGGACUGGCUUGAAUUCCCGCUGUUGGUUUCCUCUGUUUAAUGAGAGAGAAACAGUGUGCGUCCAAAUGGCAGCCUAAUCCCUAUAUAGUGCACUACUGGUUAAAAGCAGUGCACUAUAAAGGGAAUUGGGUGCCAUUUGGGAAGCAGACCACAAUAGUUUAGAUCUGUAGAGGUUCUGUUGUAUAUAUUUCCUGCUGAGUCGUGGUAAACGAGUUGAUUUGCAUCCAGACAGUCUGUCUCUAGCUCACCUUCCAGAUGUGGCUUUUGCCUGCUUCAAUGUGUCCUGGGAGGAGAUGGUGUUUGGGAGGCAGUGCCACGUCUUUCUGACUGGACUCAUCCUGGACUCCAUAAGACUAGAGGACUCCAAGGACUGCACUGUCAAGAUAGCCAAUCUGGUCUAUUUCCUCUGGGUAACAAGACUAGACUAUACGCUUGCCGGCAGUUUUCUGAACACAGAUUAAGCCUGGACUAAAAUGCAAACUCAAUGGGGAUUCUCCAUUCAGCAUGCUCUUUAGUCCAGGAUUAGGUUUAAUCUGUGUCCGGGAAACUCCCCCUUUGGUGUUGAUAUAAGGACUUUUUAUAUUGCUGAUAUUAUGGAGUUAUAUUAUGGAGUUGAUGUUCUGUAAACUGUUUGAGUGGUCACCUGAGGUGCCAAUAUUGGUGUGGUAAAGAUGGGUCUCUUUGGUGCAGCUCCCAUUCAUUCCCUGACCCCUCUCCCCGUCGCUCUCUUCCCCCAGACAGGACAGGCGAAGGCUGAGGACUUUGUCUCUGAGCUGCUCAGAGUCGUUUGUUCUGAGAGACGGGAGAAGAGCAGAGAGCAGCAGCUACUGCAGUGGGUGGAGGUGAGCGCCUUAGGAUUUCCUCUCAGUGUUUCCCCUAGAAUAUUGUCCAGACGGGGUCCCACAAAACCAACAUUCAGGGCCUCUUGAACCAAAAAUCUUCAAUUGAAAUCAAUCUACUGUGACUAUCUCUGAGAGAUCCAUCAUCCCUUUCCUUGUUCCAGUUCUCCCUUCCUCUAGCCCAGCGCUACACUGAGUGUCUGGAGCAGCUGGAUAGAGGACUCUGUCAUACAGUCACUCUGUUUCCUUAGGACAAGACUACAGUGUUCCCCACACCUCAGCACAGUAAGAUACACUACCCUACAGACUACAGGCCCACAGUGUUCCCCACACCUCAGCACAGUAAGAUACACUACCCUACAGACUACAGGCCCACAGUGUUCCCCACACCUCAGCACAGUAAGAUACACUACCCUACAGACUACAGGCCCACAGUGUUCCCCACACCUCAACACAGUAAGAUACACUACCCUACAGACUACAGGCCCACAGUGUUCCCCACACCUCAACACAGUAAGAUACACUACCCUACAGACUACAGGCCCACAGUGUUCCCCACACCUCAGCACAGUAUGAUACACUACCCUACAGACUACAGGCCCACAGUGUUCCCCACACCUCAACACCAGUAAGAUACACUACCCUACAGACUACAGGCCCACAGUGUUCCCCACACCUCAGCACAGUAAGAUACACUACCCUACAGACUACAGGCCCACAGUGUUCCCCACACCUCAGCACAGUAAGAUACACUACCCUACAGGCCCACAGUGUUCCCCACACCUCAGCACAGUAAGACACACUACCCUACAGACUACAGGCCCACAGUGUUCCCCACACCUCAGCACAGUAAGAUUACACUACCCUACAGACUACAGGCCCACAGUGUUCCCCCACACCUCAAGCACAGUAAGAUACACUACCCUACAGACUACAGGCCCACAGUGUUCCCCCACACCUCAAACACCGGAAGAUACACUACCCUACAGACUACAGGCCCACAGUGUUCCCCACACCUCAACCAAGUAAAGCAUACACUACCCUACAGACUACAGGCCCCACAGUGUUCCCCACAACCUCAGCACAGUUAAGAUACACUACCCUACAGACUACAGGCCCACAGUGUUCCCCACACCUCAGCACAGUAAGAUACACUACCUACAGACUACAGGCCCACAGUGUUCCCCACACCUCAGCCACAGUAAGAUACACUACCCUACAGACUACAGGCCCACAGUGUUCCCCACACCUCAACACAGUAAGAUACACUACCCUACAGACUACAGGCCCACAGUGUUCCCCACACCUCAGCACAGUAAGAUACACUACCCUACAGACUACAGGCCCACAGUGUUCCCCACACCUCAACACAGUAAGACAGGUUCACUCACCUACACCCAUCUCAGGAUCCCAGUGAAAAGCAACACCCUCCUUCUGGAUACAAAGCAAUCCAUCUUUAUUAAAUGUGUGAACUUGUUAGGAUGA